AAUAUCGUCUGUUUCCUGCUAACUGUCGUGAAGGUUCAAAUACCGAUGUCAUGUCUCGGAAAUGCUCCCGCAGGGGCGAAUGGCAACCUUAAAACAAGACAUAUGAGGUCCUCCGACGUCGAUCGCUGCGACCGACAGCCGUGAACCGUGACACAGCCCAGCUCUCGAGCAUCUGCACCUGAUUCGAUACAUCGCUCCCGUUGCAUAUAUUGGCUGUGUACCGUAUUCAUGCUCAUGACAUCUUCCAGCGUUCUACCAUGGCCAUAACCCAAACCCGAUCGUAAACAAACAUGCCGCAGCACGUAAUCCGGACCUGAGCGUAAAGAUUCCGCAUCUGCGCAUCGACAACGGCAACGUCGGACCUCCUUUCUCAUUUUCUCAACUUCUCACUGCAGUCAUACUACUACUUGCAACUUGGCAUACUACAUCAUCAGUGUUGAGAUAGAUAUCCACUAUCACUCCUCUUGGGAGUACUAGGCAGGGUGGACAGGAUGAAAUCGCCACUUCGGUCACCGACAAAUCUCCUCCUCUGCUGCAUCAUCCUCCUCACCUCGACCGUCCUCCUCGUGCAUUUCACCGCCCGACCACACUAUGCGGACUAUAUCCCCGAUUUCAUCUCUCGACCAAGCGACCAUGAUACCACUGCCCUUGUUGCCGAGGGACCGAGAUUACCUGACGAAUACAAACGCUAUUACCCGACCUUGACCUUGCCCGCGGCAUUGCUCGUCCACCCGGAACUCUACUCGAAGCUGUACGAUUUCCUCUCCCGCCCCGCGCUCGACUGGUACGCAGCGAAAGAUCUCAACGAGGCGAAGUGCCCUAGGGAUCUCAGCGACAGGUUGGUCAACCCCGACCAACUGAACGGGGAUGGGGAUUUCUGGAGGAACGACGUGACCCCCGAGGUGAUCCGGCAGAAACGGGUGGACCUCGUCGAUCAUCUCGCCGGGCUGGUCUCGAGGGGGGAGACGGUCGUUUGGAAGACCGAAAAGUUGGAACAGGAAGAGUUGGAUGCCGUCAACGAGGACCUGGGCAUCAACUUCGAGCGGAAAGAAGCGGUCAGUGAUGGAAAGAUCGACGAUCAGGACCACGAUGCCAAGCGAAACCUCGGACCCGAGCGAUCACGAUCAGGAUCACGAUCAAAACGUGGUCCUAUCCCGACUGCGAACCGUCAAGGAAGAGGGAUCGUCACUACCGGUGGAAAUGCCGAUACCACCGCGCGUUUGAUAACCCUCCUCCGUUUCCUACGACACGAAUACAACGUCAACCUUCCCAUCGAGAUCUGGACCUUUCCCGGCGAACUGCCCCCUUCGUCCCCGCAGUACAAAGAGAUCACCUCUGAGGCACUCGGAGGACAAGUCUUUGAGAUCCCCCCGAGUUACGGACUCACCAAGGACGAAGGCGCCUGGAAGAACUUUCAAAUCAAAGGGCUCGCCAUCGCCCUGUCCAACUUUAAAGAGCUCAUCUACCUGGACAGCGACAACAUUCCUCUACGGGACCCGACUUAUCUCUUCGAUACGCCGUCAUACACGGCAACAGGGAGUGGGAAAGCCGUCUUCUGGCCUGAUCUGAGUAAAGAUCACGUAGACAACGCCGUGUGGAGGAUCAUGGGGGUGCCUUGUGAUCUGGACGACUUCACCUUUGAGAGCGGGCAGAUCGUCAUCGACAAGGCCGGGAAUAACGGGUUGAACAUGGCAGCGCUACAUCUGGCGGCUUAUAUGCAACACGAGAAGGAUUUCUGGUUCAGGUUGUGCGGGGGGGACAAAGACACUUUCCGAUGGGCGUUUGUCGCGUUAGGUCUUCCGUUCACAAGGGCGUCCCGAUGGGCCACUUGUCUGGGUCAGAUGCACGGCGAUCGGUUCUGCGGGCACUCGAUCUUGCAAUACGAACUCGAUCCGCCUGCAGAAGAGACCCGACAACGUCCGUUGUUCGUACACUCCAACUUGCUCAAACAUAUCAGUGGAGUCAGGCAGGGAAGCACAUUUACCCAUAUCAAACGUAUGAACAUGGACGAAUACUCUGAGCCGACGCUAAAUCAGGCUCACAUGUGGGUCUAUUGGGACAAUGCUCGCGGGAUGUGUACCGACCUAGAACUUCGAGACGAGGGUGCGGGCCUUACCGAGGCUGAAAAGAAGACUCAGACUGUACUCUCAAGACGCGUCGACGAGAUGCACGGCAAGCCGCUGGAGGGCUUCGAAGACACCUUUUUCAGACAAGGAGGUCGAGCCGGAGGUUGGCGGAAACGAGACAAGUACCGGAUACCAACCUGAAUCAUCGACGUGAAAUAGAUAGAUAGAUGUGCGAGCUUUCUAUA